CGGGUCGAUUGGCAGUUUUGGUCCUCGGCACUCGCCGUACUUGCAUGCGCGUUUGCAGGAAUCUGGGAGAGGGAGGUAUGACCUGCAGACAUAAUGGAGGCUUUGAAGACACGGUUUGAUUUCCCCAGCCCCGUCAUACAAGCCCAGGCGGUGAGAAAUCUUGUCGCUGCUGUGCUGACAGAAAAAGGGUCAAAUGGGAAAAUCACUCAGUCCUCCACUCAGAGUCCGGCGUUGGAGGCUUUGUGGCAGCAGUGCUGCGGCGACUGCGCCCCGGUGCGUUCAGCCUGCUGUGACGCCAUGGUGCUGUUGGUGGACCAGGGCCACGCCGACCUGCAGUACAUCCUCAAUGGCGUCCUCAACCUUCUGCCAUCAGCCAAAAACGUCCAGGGCCUCAUGAAAGUCGUUGGACGCCUGCUGCAGAUGCAGGCCGACCAGAGAGACGGAGAGACGCAUUUCACCUGUCCUUACUCCAUCAGGAGUAGCCCUCAUCCUUACAUCACGGCCCUGGAGAACCGAGCGGAUUGCUGGCCAGCUCUUCUGCUGGAGGUCGACGAUUUUAUUCGUCAAGCUGUUGAAAGGAACAAAGCAGCUUACAUCACCAUGCUGGCGCCCUUCCUGAGAUACCUGUACUGUGAACCUCAGAGGCAGCCCCAGCAUGCCCUCCUCCGACACAGUCUCCUCAGGGUGCUGCUUCCCAUGCAGCCAAAAAACAAGGACCAGGAGAAGACCUCACCGGUGUGUGACAGCCUGCUGCUCUGCCUCUGUCAGCUGGUUCCACAUAUGCAGGUGGACAGCGUGGAGGCGGUGCUUGAGCUUUGCGGAUUUGUGGACACUCUUCUUCAAGGUCUUGUCGUGGCCUCCGGGGACCGCUGGAGGCCCGAGAGAGCCGGCCUUCUUCUACAGCUGCUGUGCGCCUGUCAGCAGUGCCUCAAAUUAAACGGAGACUGCCGACCCCUCCUCAGCUUAAUGCAGCGCCUCCUGACCUCCUGCCAACCGGAGGUGCCACUGGAGGAGCUGAUGAUGGGUGUGGCCCUGCUCCUGCUGGAAGCUCCUCCAGCUCAGCAAACCAGCCUGCUCAGUCUUGCACUGAGUUUAGCACCGGAACAAGCGGAGUCGUCGCCCUGGUUGAGUCCGGUCCUGGUCCUUCCUGUGCUGCAGCUCCUCUCCUGCUCCGGCCUCACCGAGCCGCUGGCCGACCAGAGGACGCACAACCAGAACCACGGCCUGGCGCACAGCCUGCUGCGCGGCAUCAGCAGGCCGACAGAUAAACCCCGGCAGUCUGGCUCGACGCUUUCGCUUCCUCUCACGUCCUGGUACAGCGAGCUCAGCGUGGCGUUGUCCGUUCUGCGUAAGGCAGUCGCCGACCCGGCGGCGGCCGCCGACUGGCUUCAGGUGGUCACCUCGGCCCUGACGUCCGGUCAGCGCCUGCCGUCCUCGCUCAGCCUCAUCGUGACCCACCUCAUCGUCACUGGCCGGGAAGACGUCUGCCGGCUGGCUUUGAAAGCCAGCCAGGCCAUAGCCGCCGCCGACCCGUCUCAGGUUCCUUCCCUCAUCCCAGUUCUGUUGUUCAAACUGGCCAAGGAGAAGAAUCCGGGCCUGGCCCACGCUGUCCUCAGCUCCCUGCCGAACCUCGGGACUCACAAGCUCUGUGUCCCCAUGGUUCUGCCGACUCUCCACAUGUUGGCCAGCGCCCCCAAGCUGAGGGCGGUGGCGAUGCGCCUCAUGACUGCUCUCUGGAAGAAGCAGGACCGAGUCUACCCGGAGCUGCAGCGUCUGCUGGGGCCACAGGACGUCCGGGUGGUGAUGGGGAGGGACGCCCAGUGGGAGCAGAUCCUGGCCCGAGCCGCCUGCCUCAGGGACGUCUGCAGAGAGAGGCCGUACCAGCAUGGAGGUGACAUGUUGGCCGCCAUUACACUCACGCUGAAGCAGUGCAACAAACCGGACUUGGCGACGCCGGCAGCUCUCGCCCUUCAAGGGCUUCAGGACCUGUGCCGAGCGGAGGUUGUGGACAUUAUCUCAACGUGGAGAAGUCUCGGGCCCGAGCUGAGCUGCGACUCCCGUCCACUGAUGGUUAAAGCCGUGGCCGAACUUCUGGCUCUGGUUCCUCAGCUCACAGUCAAAUCGGAAGAGUAUGAGAAACUCAAAGAGGAGGUCGUCAGCUUUCUGUGGAAUUAUGCUGUUAGCAAGGAUCCAGAGGUAGCCAGCUGUGGCUACAAGGCUUUGGCCGAAUUUCCAGUGGUGGUCCACAUUAUAACUCAUCUUCCCGAGGCAGCCCGACCAGUUAUAAAACUCCCUGAAAAUGAGGAGGACGAUGAACAGACUAACGAGAACGAGGAUGAGGAGAAGGAUCUCUCCAUCCCAGGCUCAUCUUAUAUAAAAUUGAUGACUCUCACCUCCACUCCUAUCCUUCCAGCCUUUGAGCGAUUCCUGACAUCGCUGGUGAAGCAGGAGAUGAGCCAGAUGCCACGGGGAGUGUACUUCUCUGCUCUGAGGGGCGGUGGCUUGCGAUCGGACCAGGGCAAAACGGUUGCGGGGAUCCCCUCAUUCAUGCUGAAGACCUACGAGAAAAACAAGCAGCCCGGACUGAAGCCUGGAUUAGCCGCUGGACUCCUGCUGUGCUACGAGCUUCCUGUGCAGACGGACCGCGACGGAAAGCCGAUCGACCGCUUCCUAUUCAGCCGAAGCCGCAGCUACCAGCAGACACUGACAGCCCUCAUCCAUGAGGUGAACAUUCAGCCCUCAGAGUGGCACCGUGCGCUCCUCCUGCCUCAGGCCUGGAGGGGUUUCAUGAGUCGGGCUUUCUACGCCGUCCUGCAGGGCCGACGUGCCGACUUGGAAGUGCAGCAGAAACGAGGCAAAGAGGACCCACAAGAGCUGCAGUACAAGCAGCACUGUGCCUGGAUGUGGGCCAGAGAUCAGCUGGCAGACGUCAUCAAAACUGCUACGAAGGACAGUCCUGUCGUUCAGGGGAACUCCAUUUUGGCUCUGAGCGGCCUGGCUGCCGUCCUCGCCAAGUAUGAGAGCAGCCUCCCUGCCGAUAGCAACGGCAGCCUCGGGGCUGGACCCGAGUUUGUGCCCACUGCCAGCUGGUUGGCCAUGGUGCUUGACACGCUCCUCAGUAUCAUCAGCAGCAGCUACAAGGCAGGAGGACAGGUUUUCCCGUGGUUCCUGCAUCGCUCCUACUCGGGUGAGAACACCGCCAGUGCCAUAGCUCGCUCCUGCGCCAGCCUGGCCCUGUCGCUGCUGGUCCCCGUGCUGGUGGUGUGGCAGAGGGACGGCCUCGUCCAGGUCCUGGCAGCGUUGCAGGCCGGUCUGCCGGGCUCCCCCACCGCCGACGACUCCCAGGCCAUCCAGUUCCACUCGGGCCUGGCCCUGGGCAUGGUGCUGUCCAGUCUGCACCAGCAACGCCUCAGUGACGUCUCGGCUCAGAAGGACAACGACCUUCUCUUCAGCUCUCUGGAUGCUCUGGAAAAAUGCGCCUUCAACACCAACCUGGAAUACAAUACUGGCUGUAUGUUGGGUCUGGGUCUGGUUCUGUCGGCCCUCUGCAAUAGCGGACAGACGGACCGACAUGUCCGCGUCAGCCAAACCCUCGACAAACUUCUGGCCAACCUGCAGAACAGCAGCGGGCAGGGACGUAUGCUGCAGGAGGUCUUGGCGUACUCUGUGGCAUGCGUGGGCGUCUCGGCAUUCAAUGGGGGCCUUAUUGACGCUGCCAAGGCUGAGGAGGUCAUGAACACCCUGCGUACCCUGACCGAGGAGAGCCAGCAGACCCCAGGCUUCUCCCUGGCUUUGGGCUUGGCAGUUCACGGCCUGUCGGUGUCCGGGCACGGCAAAGCAGAAGACAUCCACCCUCGUCUUCUGGCUGCUUGGAUCAAGAUUUUACUGGCUGAGGGUUGUCCCACUAUGCAGCGACUGGCCGCAGUGAACGGCCUGGUGGCUUUAGUCGGAUCAGAGAGUUACCUCAUUCAGCUGAAGAGCGAGUUGGAGCUCUCGUCCCUGCAGCAGAGCAGACUGAAUGAGGUCAUCCGGGCAAUCACCCAGAUCAUCACAUUCUCAGGAGCCAUCGGUUUGCAGUCCAACAGCGCCUGUUUGAUCGGCCAUUUGCAUUUGGCCAACGUGUCCACCAGCCACAGUCACACAGCAGUUCCUCAGGAUUUCAGUUACCUCUCAGAGAAAAGUGUCAUCAGAUCCAUCGCUGACUUCAUCGCAGAGGCUGGAAAGAAAGGUCCUGAGUUCUCCCAUCCAGCUCUGGUUAAGACGGCCCUGGCGCCCUUAGCAUCGGUCGGAGCCAGUUUCCAGUAUCCCCCCAUCAACUGGAGCGCUGUCCUGUCUCCUCUGAUGAGGCUGAGCUUUGGAGAGGAUGUACAGCAUCAGUGUGUGACGCUAGCAGCUUCUCAAGCUCAGUCCUCCCAGAGUGCUUCUCUGUUUCUGGGCUCCUGGCUUUCACCUCCACUUGUCCACAGUCUAAGUUACCAGACCAGGGCCUUUCUGUAUGAGAACCUGGGCUCGUGGAUGAAGCACGUGGCCGAGGACAAGCUCCAGGUCUACAUCGAGAGUCUGGGUUUGCAGCAGUUCCAGGAGGACGUCCGGUCCCAGCGCCUGCCCCUGUGCUGCUCUCUACUCCAGGGCCUCGCUCAAGCCAUGGCCCUCCCAAACCCCCCCAACAACUGCUGGACCAUCCUGUGCUCCAUCACCGAGAAGAUCUUCGCCCUCCUGCCCAAUCAAAUCCAGAACGAUGAAGUGGAUUUGUACGUGGGUGUCACCAAGUGUCUGUCCGAGAUGUCGGAUACGGAGAUCGACAGGAUCACCCGAGUCUCAGAGGAUCAGAUGGAAAAGACCUGCUUCAUCCUGGCUUACCUGACCUCUCGGGGAAGAGUUCCCCUCCUGGGGCUCAACGAUGUAAUCGCAGGGGUGCUCCGGGGUUGGCCGAGCCGCAGAGUGGGCUGGUUCCUCCUGCAAACAUUUUACCAGUGUCGCCUGGCUGUGAGCGCCAACACAGGUGUUUCCAAACGAAUGGAGUGGCUCCUGGAGCUGAUGGGGCAUGUCCGAAACGUCGCCUACGGUGCAACCUCUGUCGCCUGCGGAGACGUCAAGCUGGCCACAGAUUUCCUGUUCCAGCUUUUCGCCGCCGCCGUUGUUUCCUGGGGCGACCACGUCAUGCCCCUCCUCUUGGGCAUCAGAGCCCAGUGGUUCCCAUGGCAACCAGACCCCAAACCCGCCGGCCUGCAGAUGCACGGCCUGUACGGCGAGGAGCGGCUCGCCGACCUCGCCCUGCCUCACUGCAUGCUGGGAAUGUCCCACAGUCUGCCCCUGCUUCUGGACAAGGAGCCCUGGAGCAGCCAGACGCACAAGUUCAUAGACUGGCUUUUCAGCAUCACAGAAGGACCUGAACAGAAUCUGUCAACCACGACCAUCAGCACGGCAAAAGCUGCCCUGUUGGCUCUGAAGGGCUCGGCCGAGUUCAAGAAGAAAGCCGUGUGGACCCGAGCUUACGGCUGGUAGCCCGGAGGAGUCUACCGCAAGAACAACAACCACAUGCCACAACCGUAGUAACACAACGGCCAACGCUUUACCGCACCAAAGACUUCCUCAGACCUACGUUCGGUCGUACGUGAGAAUCCAAGAACAAACAAUUCAAAAUGCAACGGGACGUAUAUGAACCAUGGUAGACCUUUGUGGAGCUUCUCUUAAAUAAUCAUGUAGCAUUUGUCGCCAAACCACCUGCAUUGAAACAAAAAUAAAAGACUGUAUUUCUUUUC